AUGGCGGUAUCACGGUUUAUCAGAUUCAAAGACGAGCAAGGCUCCAUCUACUAUGGGGAGCCCUGCCAAGACGAUCUGGCGGGCAACCUCGUAAAUGCUACCGUAAUGGUGCUGGAGGGAAAUCCAUUCGACGGGCUAAAGCCGUUAGGAUUUGAGGCGAAGGUGGCGAAGAUUCUCUCUCCAUUGGAAUCUACUCCCAUCAUUCUCUGUAUUGGUCUCAAUUACAAACAGCACGCCGAGGAGGCCAAUCUCAAUAUUACUCCAUACCCUGUGGUUUUUAGCAAGCCGGCAGAUGCACUCACUGGACCUUACGACGACAUCCACGUACACCCUGACGCGACCCCCAAGCUCGACUACGAAGGCGAACUAACUGUUGUGAUCGGAAAGGACUGUAAAAAUAUUUCGGAGGAAGAGGCGCUAGAUUACGUGCUGGGAUACACCAUUGGGAAUGAUGUCAGCGCAAGGAACUUCCAAAUGCCCGAUGUUAGCGGCGGUCAGUUCUGCUACGCCAAGUCGUUUGAUGGUUUUGCUCCCAUCGGUCCAGCUAUCAGCAUGACCGAUGCCAUUCCUGAUCCGCAAAAGUUGUCUUUCAUAACACGAGUGAACGGAAUGAAGAGACAAGAGACAUCUACCGACGACAUGAUUUGGCCGGUGAGCCAGAUCAUCGCUCAUCUCAGCCGUGGAACAACCAUAAGGAAGGGGACUCUAAUCAUGACGGGGACACCGAGUGGCGUGGGACUAUUCACCCCCGACGGGUUUCUUCAUCAUGACAGUGUGGUCGAAAUUGAGUUGAAAGGGCUAGGAACAAUCAAGAACCGAAUUGUAUUUGACUGA